AUGUCGACUACUCUACACUGGGCCUGUGCCAACGGCCACGCGGAAUUAGUAACACUUCUGGGAGACAGAAAUUGUCAGCUUGACAUCCAUGACAGUGAAAAUAGGACACCUCCGAUGAAGGCUCUACAAUGCUGGAGAGAAGCUUGUGCAAAUAUUCUGGUAGAUUCUGGUCCCAAUGCAAAUAUUGUAGAUGUAUAUGGCAACACGGCUCUCCAUUAUGCUGUUCAUAGUGAGAAUCUGUCAAUGGUGGCAAAACUGCUGUCCCGUGGUGCAGACAUCGAAGUGAAAAACAAGGCUGGUCUCACACCACUUUUACUGGCCAUAACAAAAAGAAGUGAGGAAAUUGUGGAAUUUUUAGUGACAAAAAAUGCAAAUGCAAAUGCAGUUGAUAAGUGUAAAUGCAUUCAUCAACAACUUUUGGAAUAUAAACAAAAGAUAACUAAAAAUCCUCAAAAUAGCAAUCCAGGGAAGACUUCUGAUAGUAAACUACUCUUGGUGGUGCUACCAUAA